AUGACGUCUUGGUCGAGUCUUCCAGCUGAAAUGAAAUCAGAAGUUUUGAAAUAUACAAACUUUUUGACAUGCAAUAAUGUUCGAUUAUGCUCGCAAGCAGACAAAGAAGCUGUCGAAUCUAUGAAAGCCAAAGUUCCAUUUCUGAAAAUUGGAAUAUCUUUGGAAGCAGUCAAUCUUCUGAUAAUUCAGAAUCCAAAUGAGAUUCUGAGAAUCGAUUUGAUAGCUGAGGAAAAUAAAAUAUACAGAAGUCAGAACUUGGAUAUCGGAAAAGAUUCAACAAUUAUGAAAUCUGAUAGUUUUCUGGAAGAAAUUUCAAAUUUUCUGAAUGGAAUUUUUCAGCGAAAACUGGAAAUUGAAUCAUGUCUGAUUGAAAAUAAGGAUGUCCCGACGCAUCAUGAAAUGUUGAAAUUUAUUGAAAAGAAACUUUCUGCAACUUGCCCGAAAAGACUAGUUCUCUCUGGAAAAUUCUUUUCGAAUACUCACAAAUCCUUGCCAUUUUUGAAAAAAGAAAAGAAACCAGAAGUUUUAAUUCGUAAUUGGAAAAAGGAUAUUUCUAAGCGAUGGGAAGGGUACAGUCUACCAAUAAUCAAGAUUUAUGAAGUUUCAAAAUGGAAAUCCAAAUAUGGAAAUCAAGAAGACAUAAUAGCAUGGACCGCACUCGAGUUAGUCACUUAUAUUGCUAGAAUCGCAUCAAAUCCAAUAUAUAGGACACACUGGUUGCCUGGUUACCACGUGGAAAAUAAUGAAAGAAGUUUGAGUUCAUACGGUGGAACUUUUGAACAAUUCCCGAAUUAUGACACAUAUAAACUUCGGAUGGAUUCGAAGAAGAUCAACUUCGUUAAAUUCACUGAAUGUGGAAUUUCAAUGCAAGUUGGAUCUCCGCAAAAUAUUGAUAUGAAGGAUAGUACAUGCAGUCUCGAAUUCAUGUGUCCACGUUGUGCAAAUCAUUCAAUGGAAGACUGGUAUUUCAGAGAGAUUAUUGGAAAUUUACAUUGA